UUUCGGAAACCAUUUCACUUAUUCUUACACUGACAAACAAUUCAAGGAAAAACUUUUUUCUAAACACCAAAUUUAAUGCAACUGUAACACCAAACAUGCAUGUGUUGUCAUCUAUAUCAGACUACUAGAUGAAAACGAAUGCUUACGAGGAUUUUGUUUGCUUCCUUGGAGGUGAAGGAAAAAUAUCAUACGAAAUUGAAAGCCAUUAUUGUUGUCAAUUUCUAAUAAAAGUAAACUAAACAAAAAUCUUUAGAUUAGGAGCAAAUCUAGGUUUUUUUCCCUUUAUUUACCUGAAUCUUAGACUGCUUAGUAAUAACAGUUAUUCCUUCACAAGAAAGUAAAGCAAAAGGGGUAACUAGCACUUUUCUUAAUUUUGACAGAACAAAUUCACUAUGCCAGAUCCUGACCAUUUAACCAAGCGGCCUCUGUCACUGAUGAGCUUAAGGGACCGUAAUCUUGGAUAAAGUGAAAUAUUUCAUUUCCGAUAACUUAGUCCUUAAUGUAUAAUUUCAGAAUAGUUUAGUCCCCGUACCAUCUGCCUUUUGUGUCUCUCGUCUUUUUUGUUCUUUUUCUUUAUUGCUAAUGAUAUGCUACCCAGCACUUUAUUGACAUCCCUCCCUUUCUUAUUCCACGUUCUACUAGAUUUUUCCCAACUGGGUUUCAAUAAUCUGUAGCCAUGUUUGAUCCUUACAGAUCUAAACCCAGUAGAGGCCGCACAAAUUUUGCUUCAUGUAUUUGUGCCACUAUCUUCCUCAUCUUCAUCAUUGCAGCCAUUGUCGUCGCUUACUUCUUCCUCUUCAAACCCAAAACUCCUAAAAUCGCCGUUGAAGCAGUCCGAUUCCCCACUUUCUCCGUUACUAACGGCACCGUUAACUUCACCUUCUUCCAGUACGUCUCCGUUACAAACCCAAAUCGGGAUGAAUUCACCCACUACGACAGCUCGCUUCAGCUCAGUUACUCAGGGGAGCCAGUGGGUCUUGUGUUUAUCCCAGCAGGGAAGAUCGAUGGUGGUAGGACCCAGCAUAUGUCGGCGAAAUUUGACGUACAGUCUUACCCACUUCCGGCUAAGCUGAAAGCUGACGUCGCCGGCGGGGUGAUUCCGAUGAACGGCGGUGGUGGUGGGGGCCCCACAAUGGAGGUGGAAACGAGGAUGAAGUUGGUGGGGAGAGUGAGGGUGUUGAAGGUGUUUACACACAGGGUGGAUGGUGGAGUCAAGUGUGGGGUGGUGAUUCAAGUUAGUAGUGGUGCUGUGUUAGGUGUACGUUGCUGAUUGGCGGUGAAUUUCCCCGCUAAGUAGUCAUGCAUUACGAUGGGAACACAUUCAAAGUGGAUGUUCCUGCGCGGAUAUCGGGAAUUACUUGUUCUGAUUCUACGCAUUGAUCGUGGUUGUACUAGAAUAUUAUUAGGAGAAUGGAAGUGCAGAAAAUGAUGAAGAUUGACUUUUGUGCUUCGGGUUAUUAUGUAUGUAUAUGGACAUUAUUAUUGAAUUUGUCAAAUUGCAAGAUGUUUUUGUGGGAAUUAAAAUGAUCAGAAGACAACUAGUUUUGGUCAUUUCCAGAUUUGUCAGUUAUCAUUAUUGUGCUGGAGUUAUGCUUAAUGCUAAUUUGCAUUUUGGAUCAA